AUGUCGAUUGUCCAGGAAACGGCCUGCGGCGUCAAUACCCAACUCGACCGACUGCAACAGCAGAUUACCCGUCCUGAGAAGCUCCUAUACACUGAAGAUGCUCCGCCUCUACACGUUCGCCGUCUCCAAAAUGUCAUCGGUUCCAUCUCGGUGACUUCCAAGACCCAGCCCUUCCUUCCUGCUACCCGUCUUGCAGACUUGCUUGCGGACCCUACCCUGACGCGUCAAUUGCCCGUAUCCGCAGAGGCCCAAGUCGAGACAGAAUCCCAGGCCGAGGAGCAUGUGUCGGACUAUCUGUGGUUGGUUGCGGCCAAAGCCUCGGUCCAGGCAUCAGGGUUGGUGAUGCACUCCCUUUUGGACCAUACGCUUCAGCUCCAGGAAGAGACCUACUACUGGAAUGAUGUGCUCGGGUCGGUCUGGAAUAGCGGUCUCUAUACGGCUCAGACAACACCUGCACGUCUCUGGCAUUGGUCCAAGGGUCUCUCCUCUCUUCGAAACGCCUCCUCUACAUCGCUCUCAAGGUCCUUGGCAGCUCGAUGGGCGCAAUUCUACCAAAUUGCUCGACAGAGUAUGUCGGAGUACCCCCUCCGUCUCAAUUGGUCAUCUCCCAUCCGAUCUUGUCGCUCGGAGAUCCGCCAAAAAAGAGACCGACUGCUGGCUAUGACGGACAUUCAUACUAGUAGCCUGGGUCUGCUCAUGGAAAGUUGGCAUGCCUUCCAAACCGACGAUAUAGCUGUGGAUGGCGCUCAAUUGCCUCGGACCAAGUGGCAAGAGACAGUCACCCGGGUUGUAAUCCUCACAGAGGCUAUUCUUCGCCAGGCAAUCAAUCAGUCAAGUGUGGCGGGCUUUGAGGAGCGGGUGUUCACCACCCUCGAGGAGGACCAGGCCGGUAUACACAUGCUAGACAGUGGCUUAUUCUCCACACAAACCCCGGCGGAUUUAAUUCAGCGUCUGGUUUCUGUCCUCCGUGACCAAUUGCCAGCUCACAGGUCUUCGAUGUCAACAUUUGUCGCUUUGCACGGGCGACCCUCGAGAGUGACUCGGUAUUGGAUCCCAGUGUCGCUAGCAGUCUUGUCGAGCAGCGCCUCUCUGAAAUUUCUAGCUCGUCGGCAAGACCAGAUCCUACAAUGGAUCAUGGAUUUCGGUGCUACCGUCAUUGACUUUGCCGGCAACUGGGUGGUGGACCCCAUUCGCAAACUCAUCGGAACUAUUCGACACGACGAGAAAAGUGAGAUUGCCAUCAUGAGCAAGAACAGCUUAGUCGCUGAUCGGGCGAGUCUGGAACGAAUGGUGAUUGAUUUUGUCCGUGAUCGUCCCGACACCAGCCAGGGGCAACUGCCCGUGGAAGACACGACGGCCAUUGCCAAUGCGGUAAAGGAAGGCGAUUUGACUCCGGUUCUCAAGGCGUAUGAACGAGAUCUCCGAACACCCUUCGUUGGUACCGUUCGUGGAGAUUUGGUGCGCGCUCUUUUGAUCCAGAUUCAGAAGACUAAGGUCGAUGUUGAAAUCGCCAUCAGCGGCAUUGAUGCUCUCCUGAAGAGUCAAGAACUCGUCUUUGGUUUCGUUGGUCUCACACCUGGAAUUCUGGUCUCCUAUUCCACUGUACGCUGGUUGAUUGGGCUUUUCGGCAACCGUCGAGGUCUGCAGAGGGGGAAGAAACAACAUGAGCUUCGUCGGGGGCUACGUAACGUUACUCGUGUUCUCACAUCUGCUCGGCCGUCCGACGGGAGAGUGUCCUAUAAGGAAUCGGGUCGACUCAUUUGUGAAGCCGAGGCUCUUCUCCAGAAGAUCAAGCUGGUCCUGGGAGGUGUUCAAUACCAGGAAUUCCGAGAGGACAUUCAAGACCUGCUUGACGUCCAGAGCGGUGUUGACAAGCAGCUACGGGUCGUAGAGAGGAUGCGAUGGGUGUACUUCCAGUAA